UUGACCCCCUUCAACACCCGUAGCUCCAUCUCUCUCUCAUCUCUGCAGCUGUCACAAGUAACGCUUAAGACGAUAAAAACUACUUAGGGUCGGUCAGAAUUAAUCUUCAAGAUAUUUAUCUGUCGCCAGCAGGCUACCACAGCUUUGGCAGAACAUGUCUGAUAAGAGUGAGCUGAAGGCGGAGCUGGAGAGGAAGAAACAGCGUCUGGCCCAGAUCCGCGAAGAGAAGAAGAGGAAAGAGGAGGAGCGCAAGAAGAAGGAGGCUGAUGGCCGAAAGGAGGGGGCAUCUCCUCCACAGGAUGACUCGGACCUGGAGAGGAAGAGGAGAGAGGCCGAGGUUUUGCUCCAGAGCAUGGGCAUCACCCCAGACACGGCCAUGGUUCAGCCCCUGAGAGUUGUAACAGAGGACACAUGUCUGUUUCACUAUCUAGUCCCCCCUCCCAUGUCCCCCAGUGCCAAGUCAGUGGGCACACCUAGCGAGGCUGGCAGCCAGGACUCCGGAGAUGGCACCACUGGGCCCAGGACUCUGCACUGGGACUCUGAUCCGUCCACUCUCCUGCUCCACUCUGAUUCUCACCUGGGACGCGGCCCAUUGAAACUGGGCAUGGUGAAGGUCACUCAUGUGGACUUCCCCCCGAAAGAGAUCGUCUCCUACAGCAAGGAGACACAGACUCCCACACAGACCCAGCCGAAAGAUGAGGAAGAGGAGGAGGAGGAGCUGCCCGUGAUGCCGCCUGCUUUGGAGACUCAGGAGGACGCUCCUGCUCAGAAGGAGGAUGAGGAAGUCCCCCCCCAUGAGCUGACGGAGGAGGAGAAGCAGCAGAUCCUUCACUCGGAGGAGUUUGUGGCAUUCUUUGACCACAGCUCCCGCAUUGUGGAGCGCGCUCUCUCCGAGCAUGUGGACGUCUUCUUUGACUACAGUGGCCGUGACCUGCAGGAUAAAGAAGGAGAGUCGCAGGCGGGGGCCAAACUCUCUCUCAACAGACAGUUCACAGACGAGCGCUGGUCCAAGCACAGAGUGGUCACCUGUCUGGACUGGUCACCUCAGUACCCUGAGCUGCUGGUGGCCUCCUACAACAACAAUGAGGAUGCGCCACAUGAGCCGGAUGGAGUGGCACUGGUCUGGAACAUGAAGUACAAGAAAACCACACCAGAGUAUGUCUUCCACUGCCAAUCUGCAGUCAUGUCGGCAGCCUUUGCCCGUUUCCAUCCCAACCUGGUGGUGGGCGGGACCUACUCAGGCCAGAUUGUGCUGUGGGAUAACCGUAGCAACAAGAGAACCCCCGUCCAGAGGACACCACUGUCUGCAGCUGCACACACGCAUCCUGUAUACUGCGUAAAUGUGGUGGGAACCCAAAAUGCCCACAACCUCAUCAGCAUCUCUACAGAUGGCAAGAUGUGUUCCUGGAGCCUGGACAUGUUGUCUCAGCCACAGGACAGUCUGGAGCUGGUGUUUAAGCAGUCCAAGGCAGUGGCUGUCACCUCCAUGUCCUUCCCCCUGGGCGAUGUCAACAACUUUGUGGUGGGCAGUGAGGACGGCUCUGUCUACACAGCAUGCCGACACGGCAGCAAAGCAGGCAUCGGUGAGAUGUUGAGGGCCACCACGGGCCAAUCACAGGGCUCCACUGUCACACAGCAGCUGGCCCAGUCGACUUCUCGCACCUGUUUGUCACUUCCUCCUUCGACUGGACCGUCAAGCUGUGGAGCACCAAGAACAACAAGCCACUGUACUCGUUUGAGGACAACUCAGACUACGUGUAUGAUGUCAUGUGGUCUCCCACACACCCUGCUCUGUUUGCCUGUGUGGACGGAGUGGGACACCUGGAUCUGUGGAACCUCAACAACGAGACCGAGGUACCCACUGCGUCGGUGACGGUGGAAACCCAGCUCUCAACGCGUCGC